AUGUCUGGUGGUCCAGUUCCAGUUUUUAAGAAAUACACCACCGGUUCCACCGGUAUCUGGGAAAAGAUUAGACAGGUCUUGACCUUGGUUCCUAACAGAUCCUCCGGUAACCCGUUGGUCCAGUACUAUAGGGUCCCACCGCCAGGCUCUCACCCUAAGGCCAUCACCUACGUGGACCCAACCACCAUUCCAGCGGGUGAUAUCAAGAGCAAUGCCUACAGAAAUAGAGACCACAGAAGAAACUACCCACAGAUGUCCUCUUUCAACCAGUCCAAGUUAUCUGGGUUGUUGGAGUUGGGCUCCGCAUCCAACCCGAGAGUUGCCAAGGGUGACGAGGGGUUCAAGCAGUUGGCUGUUUUCAAGGAGGGUGACGUUUCUUUGGCCUCCACCUUGGUCAAGUUGAACAAGUCUGGCUUGAUUAACGGUGAGGUUUUGGGUCCAAAGGGUGAGCCGGUCAUCGCUCCGUCGCUCAACAAGGUUAAAUGGACUAUCUUAAGGGAGAAUGUUCAUGGUAUGUAUGAGGAUGACUGGGAGAAAUACCCAUGCAGAAUCUUCACCAACGUCAAGGCUUAAGAAGGGGGAGGAGUAUUCUCAUAGCAGAACCCCGAUGGGUUUUGUUCAGCAUCAAUUGCGGAUAGAUACCGCUACGUAGGAGACCAGUAUGCUGGUUCUCUGUAUUAUUUUCGUUACCAUCACGUUUUCAUAUCCCCGGGAUAAGUUCCGUUUUAUUUAUUUAAUAUAUCAAUACUCAGAGCUGCACCUGUCUUAACCUGAGGUUAAUGCAUGGUUUAGGAUACAUGUAAAAACAAUAUCCAGGCCUGAGCUUCCACAAGAUCUCAUUCCGAUUAUGUCAUAUCCUCAAUUUUUUCUAUCGGAAAAUUAACGUCAAGAUAAAU